ACAUCAAUGUGCCCAGGCAGCAGCGCCUCGGCACCUUUGAAUGGAUCUAAAUAGCCGACCAUCGGCUGCGAACGCCUCCUCCACACUAUACAUUCGUAUUCCGCCAUGACGUCUUCAACUCCAAUUAUCUCGCUCCGCCUCCAGCAGGACCCUCAUCCUAUUCACAGUAUCUGGCAAUUACGCCGACCAACGUUUUUGUCACAGAAUGUUCUCAAACUCAAAGCCAUAGAGACGGAACAGACUGUUUCAUUUUUCUGCGAUGGCCUCCACGAAAAGCAGAUUCGAGUCUCGGCUCAAAUACCCUCUAUAAAAAAACUGGAACUAGACAUUGCUGUAGCCCUACAGUCCGGUCUUCUCCAGUUUGUCGAAGAUGUUACGCAAGAGGUUGUUCAGUUCCCCUCGACAAAAGAGCCCCCAGGACGGAUCGAAGUGGAACUGCGACCAUCCCCGAAUCCCUACCAAGCUUGUGUUAGCCUCACUGCCGACACUACAGCGCAGAUCUGGAAAGACACCUUGCAAGCUGGCAAGACAUAUUGCUUGCGGUUUUCACCAGACAGAGGUGAAAGUUAUUGCCUUCAUAAAAAUUCGGGUCAGCAAAAGCUCCACGCGCGACGGGAGCCAGAUGUUAUGCGCUUCGCCGUUUACGAUGAUCCUCCUCCUCCGACCUUCUCAGCCGUCUUGAGCGUGGAUCCUGACACCUGCCACCGCUCUGGGACCCCGCCAUUUAAAUUCGUGGUCGACAUCACUUCUCCAUGCGACGAACACAUUACAGUGAAAACGGAGUCAACGCCCUUUGGUGCUAUGCAAUGGUGCGGAGGUUUAAAUAGCAUAGAUCAGCUUAUCACCUUUACCGACCUUGAAACAGGAGAAGAGGUAGAGUUUGACUGGUGUUUUGGAUGUUCAGACGAUCGUGCGACGACCGAGUUUGUUGAGGAGGAUUUUGUCGAGUUGCUACCCGGAGAGCCAUGGCGGUUUGAAUACGAAUUCACUCAGCAUAACAAUCUACUAAGUGGGCGGAGAUAUAAGGUGGAACUGGCAAAAGCAAGUUUUCACUCCUGGAUGUUCGGAAGGAAGGAGGAACUGCUGACGGGAUCAGAGCAAGAGAAGAAAGCAAGGUGGAGGCCGGGCCCUGGAGGCCGUGGAAAUAUUCAAAUUAAACAGCAAAAUGAGCCUGUCAUGUUUAAUGUAGUCGAUCAAGGGGCUUUCUAG